GCCACUCCUCUCCCGGAAACAGCGAAGGCAGGUGGGCAGGCCCGGGAAGAAGGAGCGAGGACGUAGCAACUAGCCUCUGCAGCCACCCCCUACCUGACCUGGCCUCCUUCCUCCCCGUCGGCAAGGCUUCUUUCCUGGACCACGAAGGGGAGGGUCGCCAGCAUGGCUGCCUCGUCCUCUUCCUCGUCCCCUCCCACGGCCCAACACCGGCCGGACAACACCGCGUUCACGCAGCAGCGCCUGCCGGCCUGGCAGCCACUGCUGUCUGCAGGUACAGUGCUGCCGCUCUUCUUCUGCCUGGGCGCGGCCUUCGUGGCGCUGGGCCUGGGCCUCCACUUCUCCUCAGCCACCAUCCAAGAGCUGGAGCUGGACUACACAGGCCUGGGCAACUCCAGCUGCGCCCGGUGCGCCCAGCUGAGCCUCAGGGCCAACCACUCCACGUGCACCUGCAGGCUGCGCUUCUCCCUGGCUCAGGACUUCCCGGCCCCGGUCUGCCUCUACUACCAGCUCUCCAACUACUACCAGAACAACCGGCGCUACAGCAUCUCCCGGGACGACCAGCAGCUCAGUGGGGUUGCUUCGUCCCUCCGCAACCCCGCCCAGGAGUGCCGGCCCUACCAGAAGAAUGCCACGGGCAUCCCGAUCGCUCCCUGUGGCUCCGUGGCCAACAGCCUGUUCAACGACACCUUUCAACUCUUCCGUGUGCCCAGCAGCGGCCCCGAGGAUGAGAUACGGCUGGACAAGAAGGGCGUCUCCUGGUGGACCGACACCAACAUCAAGUUCCGCAACCCUGAACCUGUCAACGGCAGCUUGGCCCAGGCCUUCAAAGGCACCACCAGGCCCCCCAAUUGGCAACUCCCAGUCUACGAGUUGGACAUGAACGACUCCAGCAACAACGGCUUCGUCAACGAAGCCUUCAUCAUCUGGAUGAGGAUUGCCGCUUUGCCCACCUUCCGCAAGCUCUACGCACGCGUUCAGCACAGCAAUGGCUCCGUAGGGCUGCCCCGGGGCAACUACUCCCUCACUAUCACUUACAAUUACCCCGUCCUACUUUUUGAUGGUAGCAAGAAGGUCAUCGUCAGCACUCUUUCCUGGAUGGGAGGCAAAAAUCCUUUCUUGGGCAUCACUUUCCUGGUUUUUGGGAUAGCCUGCAUCCUCACUGCCAUCGUCAUGCUAGUAGUGCAUCUAAAAUACCAACAUCUCAGUGAGGCAGAUUAGUUCAUAGAGCAGUGAAAUACCCCCCCCCCCACCCCCAGGUUUGGGGAGAGUGCCUCAUGAACUGUCUAGGCCAGUGGUUUCCCAUCAUAUGUUAGCAGAAUGAAGCCUAAUUUGUAGCUGGGUCGGGAAUCAUUGGGACUUAUUCUGAGUCAACGUAGAUAGAAUUGGUGUUCUAUGGGUUUCCAUGCUUAUGCAGAUGAUUCAGGAAUUACUUUAAGAUUUACAAAAGAUGAACGGGACACAGAUCUGGGCUGAUGGGGAUCUUCAGCCAAUAAUGUUCUAUGUGAUUGAUGUGAGCCAUAUUGGAUGCUUUGGGGGGGGGGAUUCUUAUAGGGGUAUUUUAAGCGAAUUGACACUUAUAUUAAGAGCAGAGGAGCCUCUUUGGUUGAGACUUUGAAGACAGAUGUCCUCCACAAAGCUGGACAAACAACAGAUUGUCUUAGGAAGAAAUGACUGAAAUAGUGCAUAAUAGACAUUGAGGGCAAACCUAAACAGGUCUACUCAGGUCUAUUCAAGGGAGCUUGCUCCCUGGAAAGGGUUCUCAGGAUUGCAUUGUUCAGCACUUACAUUUGUACUCCCUGAAUACUGUAUCCAGGAUGAAAAUUUUCAUGCACAGACUAGAGAGCUUUAAGGAAUCGGUCAUUUCACACCAGAUUCUUACAGAUCUACUGGAUAAUGUUUUUACUGUGAAAAGUGAUUCCUUUAAAGACAAUAAUUAAUUGGUUGU